AUGGUGGGCAGAGAUCAGAGUCAGGGAGUGCUUCGAAUAGGUCCAAAUCACCUUUCAUACUCGGAUCCUCAAGCAAUCAAAUAUAUCUACGGUCACGGCACAAAGUGUGCAAAGGACACCGGAUACGAGAUCCAGAAGGGCACACAUUAUCACUUGGCUGAUGUCGUCGACAAGCCAGACCAUGCUCGGAAGCGAAAGAUAUUGGCAUCUGCCUAUGCCAUUAAAAACCUCGAGGAGUGGGAAUACAAAGUGGCUGAUAAAGUCGAGCGACUGAUCCGACAAUUCGACAAAAGAUGUACCGCUCCACUUCCCGCGGGUCAGAUCGUACCUAAUCCAGAAGACGUCAACGUUAAUUACAGAAUGUGGACUAACUUCUUCACUGUCGAGGCCAUUGCGGAUAUAGGUCUAUCUCUGAAACUCGGCUUUCUUGAUCGAGGUGAUGAUAUGUGCGAGGCCGUGAACCCAGACGGCACAAAGUUCACAGCGCCAUUUCGUGAAUCCCUAUAUACUGUCAACGAGAAAACAUCACUCAUCGUCCAUACAUACGACUGGUUCAAAACACUCGACAAGCUCUCUUCAUACACAUACGGCAUUUACCGACGUGGUACAAAGGCAGCAAAAGCUUGGGAUGGUAUUCAUCUCGCUUUGACCUUGAAGCGUCUCGAAGCCUAUCGCCGCGGUGAGAAGAACGACGACUUUUUCCAAGCACUUAUGGAAGACAAAUCCGGACAGCCUAAUAACCUUGAACUCGGCGAAAUCGACGCAGAAAUCAACAUCAUGCUGAAUGCAGGAAGCACGACAACUGCUAUCGCCGUCGCAAACGUCAUGUUCCACCUUCUCAAAAAUCCCAAGGUCCUAGCCCAGCUAAGAGAGGAAAUUGACCGAGCCAUGGAUCCAGAUGAGACCAUUGCAUCUUACGAAAAUGUCAAAAACCUGCCGUACCUCCGAGCCUGCCUCGACGAGUCACUGAGGAUCUAUUCUCCUACAACACAGAAUCUAGGUCGCGUCACACCAGCAGAAGGCAUGCAAAUCAUCGACCAAUUCGUUCCAGGCGGUGUCUCGGUUUCCAUGUCUGCGCACGUCGUCCAUCAAGACCCAUCCAUCUUUCCGGAGCCACGCAAAUACAUUCCAGAACGCUGGUUAGGUGAAGAAGGCAAAAAACUGCAGCCCUACUUCUUGGCUUUUUCAGCUGGUGCUCGUGGUUGCAUCGGGAGGAAUAUCUCGUACCUCGAGCAGACAGUACUGUUGGCAUCUCUAAUACAUCGCUAUGAGUUCGCUUUGCCUCAUCCUAAUUUCGAAGUAACAAGACAAGAGACCAUGAAUUACCAUGUCGGCCCGUUGCCGUUGAAGGUCUGGAGGAGAGAUAUACCUGGCAUGGAGGUUUCGGAGAAGGCAUAG